UUGAAAUCAACUGAACAAGGUCUCAGGCUGAUAUCAAAAUUGGAUGGCCGGACCAACAACGUUGGCUUCUUGACACAUGACAAUGAAAUACAUGUGUAUGAUGAGAACGGUCAAACAGUGUUACAUUUGCCACAACCAAAGUAUCAAGGAGCAUCCGGCCCAGACUCAACUGCGUCAGCUAACAGUGCUUUCUCACCAACGGCUGGGGUUAUGGAAAAAAUACUUGUUAGCAAAGGAGACAAGGUUGUUAAAGGCCAACCAGUGUUUGUGGUUAUAGCUAUGAAAAUGGAGUACGUUGUCCGCUCGCCGCGAGAUGGCGUUGUAUCGGAAGUGGCAAAAUUCGUUCAGGGAGACGCUAUUGGAAAAGGCGUCCAAGUCGUUACUCUUGAAGCAGAAAGUUAA